AUGGCGUUGAAGCUCCGCUGCACCCCAGGGCAGUUUGCCUGUCGGAGUGGUACCAUCCAGUGCAUCCCUUCAAAUUGGCAGUGUGAUGGGUGGCCCACCUGUGAGGAUGAGAGUGAUGAAGUUGACUGUCCAGGCUUGACAGGGGACCAGCGAACUUACCAUGGGAAGGAGAAUGUGGACUCCAGGCACAAUCGAGGGAGAGGAGGAGAGACAACCCGCUUUCACACUGUCAAUGUGGCACAGCCUGUCCGAUUUAGCAGAAAGUGCCCAACAGGAUGGCACCACUAUGAGGGCACAGCCAGCUGUUACAGAGUGUACCUAAAUGGGGAGAACUACUGGGAUGCGGUGCAGACAUGUCAGCGGGUGAAUGGAUCCCUCGCCACCUUCACUGCAGACCAGGAGCUAAGGUUUAUCCUGGCACAGGAGUGGGACUUGGAAGAAAAAACAUUUGUGAGGAAAGACCAGCGUAGGUUCUGGGUUGGGUAUCAAUAUGUGAUCACCAAUCGAAAUCACUCUCUAGAAGGUCACUGGGAAGUAGCUUAUAAAGGCUCUUCAGAAGUAUUUUUACCCCCUGACCCUAUCUUUGGUACGGCUAUGUCUGAAAAUGAAAACGUACUUUGUGCACAGCUUCAGUGUUUCCAUUUUCCUACCCUUCGGCACCAUGGUUUACACAGCUGGUAUGCUGAAAACUGCUAUGAGAAAUCUUCAUUCCUCUGCAAAAGGAGCCAGACUUGCGUUGAUAUCAAAGACAACAUUGUCGAUGAAGGCUACUAUUUCACUCCAAAAGGGAACGAUCCCUGUUUGAGCUGCACAUGUCACAACGGUGAACCUGAAAUGUGUGUGGCUGCUUUGUGUGAACGGCCCCAGGGGUGUCAGCAGUAUCGCAAAGACCCUAAGGAGUGCUGCAAAUUUACAUGUUUAGACCCAGAUGGCAACAGUUUGUUUGACUCAAUGGCUGGUGGAAUGCGUCUGAUUGUUAGCUGCAUCUCCUCCUUCCUCAUCCUCUCUCUGCUGCUUUUCAUGGUCCACCGGCUACGCCAGAGGCGGAGAGAGCGCAUAGAGUCUUUGAUUGGAGCAAAUUUGCACCAUUUUAAUUUGGGCCGCAGGAUGCCUGGUUUUGAUUAUGGUCCCGAUGGUUUUGGAACUGGCCUUACUCCACUGCAUCUUUCAGAUGAUGGAGAAGGUGGGGCAUUUCAUUUCCAUGAUCCGCCUCCACCCUAUACUGCUUACAAGUAUCCGGAUAUUCAACAUCCAGAUGACCCACCGCCUCCUUAUGAGGCUUCUGUCAAUCCAGACAGCAUCCUUUGUUCCACUCCAGAUGGAGUUCUUUCUCAGACUGUGCAAAGCAGUCCUCCAUCACUAGGAAACUGUGAUGUGUCCCCACAGCUUACAGAGGGAUCACUUCCGCCCUCAGUUGGUCCUUCUCCAGUGGAGCUGGAAGACUCUGCUGACAGCAGCACCUUUCUUGUCCCUCCUGACACACCGUUAAAUGAAAACACGCCGGCAGAAACUCUUACGGGCAGCCGUCACAGCCACUGUUCUCUCAAUACCAUUGUAUAAAGGAGUAAAAAGCCGACUGCCAGUCAGAAAUAGUUUUAGCAACUGUUUGCACAGACAAACGCUAAUCCGUGGUUUGAACUUCAGAAGGAAUCUCCACUUUGUUUUUUGAACACUGCUUUUAUGUUCUAGAUUAGGAUUGUGCCUCUUGUUUUUUGGCUGUUGUUAUUCAUUCACUACUUGGUUUGUCCUGUAAAUAUGGAUUGUAUAACUACUCUCUUUUUCCAUUGGUUAUGGAAAAGAGUGCAGAGAAUUCCUUUGACUUCUGAGGAGGUGAAAAGUAUGGGUAGCUUCUUUUUUUCCUUAACCUGAGAGGAAACAAAAUCUACAUCAGAAAAAAGCUGCUUGGAUUUGGCUGGAUACCACUGGACCCAGGGAACAGACAACGGAACAAGAGGGUGGGG